UGGGAAACAGCCCGAUCACGAGAGGGUUACGUCUUCUACCUCAACACCGGUGUACCGGAAGUGCAACUGGUGCGAGUUUAAUGGACAAGGAAGAGACAUUUGUUUAAGUUUAGCUUCGAGUACACAUAUACUCUCCCUUUUUUUUUGUUUUGUUUAAAAGUCUGUUUUUAGUCGUCGGAAUGCCUUUAUUUUCCCAGAAUCCUUUUGACCAAGAUGUCGAGAAGGCAACAAAUGAAAACAACACAACAGAUGACUGGGGGCUCAUCAUGGACAUCUGUGAUAAGAUCGGGACGACGCCCAACGGACCAAAGGACAGCCUGAAAUCCAUAAUGAAGCGAGUCAACCACAAAGUGCCUCAUGUUGCCAUGCAGGCCCUCAAUUUGCUGGGUGCUUGUGUAUCAAACUGUGGCAAAAUAUUUCAUCUGGAAAUCUGCUCCAGGGAUUUUGCAACUGAAGUACGAAAUGUUUUGAGCAAGGCUCAUCCUAAGGUGAGUGAAAAACUGAAAGUGAUGAUGGUGGAGUGGGCCGAAGAUUUCCAGAAGGAUCCGCAGCUCAGCCUGAUCGGUGCCACCAUCAAGUCUCUGAAAGAGGACGGGAUCAGCUUCCCGACCCCAUCCUCACAGGGGUCCAGCACAAAGGUCAGCACACCUGCUGCAAAUAAAGCGCCAGAUGAUGAAGACCUGGCCAAAGCCAUUGAGCUGUCCUUACAGGAGCAGAAGCAGCCAGCAGAGACACGACCCUUGACCUCCGACCCCCCAAACUGCACUGUUGGUGGCGGAGGGUCAGAGGCCCGGAAGGUGCGUGCGCUGUACGACUUUGAAGCAGCUGAAGAUAACGAGCUCACCUUCAAAGCUGGGGAGGUUGUUCUGGUUUUGGAUGACAGCGAUCCAAACUGGUGGAAAGGAGAAAACCACAGAGGAGUCGGGCUUUUUCCCUCAAACUUUGUCACGACCAGUCUAAACGCUGAGCCGGAGCCAGUGGUUUAUGUUGAGAAGACGGCCUCUCCUGAAGAGACGAGCCUGGAAACCAAAGCUGAGCCUGAACCCGUCUACAUUGACGAGGCGAAGAUGGACAGAACGCUGGCGCUGCUGCAGAACGCAGAUCCUGCAGAUCCCACUCCAGACUCUGCAGAGCUAACCCAGCUGGAGGAUGCGUGUCAACAGAUGAACCCCCUGAUUGAUGAGAAGCUGCAAGAGAUUGACAGGCAUCAUUCAGAGUUGUCCGAAUUGAACCUAAAAAUGAUGGAGGCCCUGGAGCUUUACAACAAGCUCAUGAACGAAGCUCCGUUCUACACGGCCUACUCCAAGAUGCAGACCCAGUACGGUCCAGCUGGAUCUUCUGUGCCCAUGCAGGGUUACCUUGGACCAGCUGGCGCCCCAUACCUGCCUCCAGGGAUCCCCCAGGUUCCCUCUGCGCAGUCCUACUCCUUACCCUGCGACCAUCCUGGACCACUACACUCGCUGCCCCCCACGGUGUCAGCCCCACCCAGCAGCCAGGCCACUCAGCCUCCUUACAUGAGCGGUGGACUGAACUCUCAGUACAUGAACCAAACUGCUGGAGUUCCUUAUCCUCCCCAGGCGGGCGUGGCCAUGGAUAUGUCCGCCUAUCACAACUCUAGCAUGCCUCCCGUGUCUUAUCCUGUCUCCGCCCCCCCUCACCAGGCUCCUCCUCCUCAGCAGCAGCCAGCCGUGUACUACCAGCAGCCUCUGCUGUAAACGUCUCGACUGGCAGCAGGCCUUGGGAUGCACACCUCAGAUAAUUCAGCUCAUGUGGCUCAACAUCUGUUCACUUCCUUCAGAACGUCUUUUGGCCUUAUCCUUUCUGUCAAGUUGGGCGUACGACACUGCACGGGUCUGCUGUGCGUCAGGUGUUUGCAAACAGAAGUCUUUUUACAGUUCACACGAGAACUGUUGGGUUUGCCUCCAAGUGCAGGACAAUGUCAUUUAUGCCACUCUAAUAUUUCCAGACUAGUUUUCCAGGAAUUUAUAAAAAAAAAAAAAAGGUCACGUUUAGAGCUGGAUAAAGAUGGUUAGACAACACAACUGUA